GUGGACUGAUGUUGGGAUUAGACUUAACGCACAACAUGCAAAAUCAUGGCCCUGUGUGCAGGUUAACUCGUCUUAAACAAACUUGUCCUGGGGACAAAGUCAGUGCAGACCUGCCAACCAGUACGGUUUUGCCGUAUUUAAUACGGGAAUUUAUUGAAAAUACGGCCGUACCUUUUUUCUCCAUAAAAUACGGGUUUUGACCAUUUUGACACGCCAAAAAAAAAUCCUAGUUCGGCUGCGAGUGAAGAGUGCGCAAGAAGAAACAAACGGCUGCGAACGUAGACUACGUUGAGACACGAGGCUUGACAUCGCGAUCAAGUAAGCUAGGGUGUCUGUGAUUGGUGCAUGGGAUGUAAACAAACGCAUGGACCGGGCGUAUUAACCAAUCAGAUCGUUGCAUACAAAAGCGCUAGGCAUAUAGUGCGCAUACCAUGUGCAACUAGCUAGCUGAGGAUAAUUGAGCGUGGAAUUCGAAAGCAGCACUGGCGUGAAAUAAAUAUGGCUUCGACCUCCAAAAAAGAUAUUAAAAGGAAGCAACUGUACAAAAAAGAGUACACCGAGAAAUGGGAUUUCAUCCAGCCGUCCCAGAGAGGAGAGAAUUACGCACGGUGUACGUUGUGUAUUUCCGAUUUUAGCAUCGGUCAUAGUGGAUCAUAUGAUAUUACCCAGCACAUUGAAACGACCAAGCACCGAAAUAUUGCCGAGACUAAGAGUGCUAAUCGCUCUAUUAGACAAUUUAUGCCAUCUAAUAAAGACUAUGAUCUGAUUAGAGCGGAAACUUUAUGGACUGAGUAUGUUAUCGAACAUAACAUGCCGUUCGUCUCUUCUGAUGAAUUCACGGACGUGGUAAAGCAGAUGUUUCCUGACAGCAAGAUUGCCUCAAAAUUUUCUUGUCGUCGUACGAAAACUACUGCCAUUGCUCGGACUUUGGGACAACAGACAAAAGAUGAUAUCACACAUAGACUGAGACAAACACGUUUCUCCUUGUCUACUGAAGGCAGCUCGGAUAGGGGUGCUGAAGAACAGCUGUAUCCAAUCGUUGUUCGGUACUUUGAUGAAAACGUGAACAGAGUUGUGGGUGUGUUACUUGAGAUAGCUACAACAGAAAAAAGGUCAACAGGUGCAAAUAUCUUUGAACUGCUUGAUAAUGCCUUGAAAGAAAAGAGAAUCCCUUGGGAGAAUUGCAUCUGCUUCUCUGCAGACAACGCAUCAGUCAUGAUGGGCAUUCACGCGGGUGUAGCAACAUAUGUCAGGAAGCAGAAUCCAGAUGUUUUUGUUCUCGGGUGUCCCUGUCACCGUCUACAUCUAGCAGCAGAAAAGGGAGCAUCCACACUGCCAUUCACUCCCGUUGAUGUACUGAUCGCAGUGUUCUACUACCUGGAGAAGUCAUCCAAGCGCCACAAAGAAUUGAAAGGAGUGCAGACCCUGUGUGGCACAGCAAAUCACAAGAUACUAAAACAUGUAUGCACACGAUGGCUGUCCCUUGAAAAAGCCUUGAACCGAUUGUUAGAACAGUGGCCAGCAUUACUGGAAUACUUCAAGCGGGAAGCUGGUCAUGGGUCAGAGAAAAGAAAGAAUGAAGAGAGUUCAAAUCAACCAAAGAAACAGAAAUCAAACCAAACCAAAGACAGUGAAAGCAGUGCAGCAGGAACAUCCACUGGAAGAACAACUACUGGAGUUCACACUUCAAGUCAAACCAAAGACAGUGAAAGCAGUCCAGCAGGAACAUCUACUGGAGUUCACACUUCAAGUCAAACCAAAGACAGUGAAAGCAGUCCAGCAGGAACAUCUACUGGAGUUCACACUUCAAGUCGAACCAAAGACAGUGAAAGCAGUCCAGCAGGAACAUCCACUGGAAGAACAACUACUGGAGUUCACACUUCAAAGAGCUGCAGUGGAUUUGCUAGGGCAAUAGGUGCAUACACAAGAAGAAAACUACCGCAAAUCUGGCUUCCAAGGGUAGUGCUGCAGCAUCUGCGAAGAAAGGUUCAUCAUCCAAAAGCAGUGGGCCUGGUCAUGUUGGUGCGAUUGCUGCCAGGCAGAAAAGUAAAGUUCAAGUCCGAGGCAAGAAAGCAGUUCACCCUAAAAAUCGGACAGCUAGGACAGUUUCUUCAAUUUUUGACGGGGAAAAAGACUCUUCCCCCACUUGGAUUUAAGGCGCCACCCUCUAUCAAGUUCAGGCAUCCUGAAGAUGUACCCAAUGGAGAUCACACUAGGGACUUCCCAAAGGUGUGCGCCUGCUUUCACGUUUUGACGUUGCCUACGGGACACAGGACAACACUGGAGUUGCUGAAAGUGCUGACCAAUACAGUCAGCAUUUGUAGCGACCUGUUCACAGAUGCAUAA